GUUCCUUCGACCCUUUUUGAGAUAUGUAUAUUUGUGUAAUCAUACUUAAAUCCGCAAUAUAAUCCUGCAUUUGACAGGCUUCUGGUUCCAGCUCAGAAUACCCAAUUCAUUCCGUUACGGAGGCUGUGUGUAUGAGAUUGAUCCAGUCAAGAUUUUAGCUAGCUAGCAACUCGAAAACAUGGGCGGGUAGGCGUAACGAACUGGGUUGUAGUCGUGUUUCUGUGACUAGCUCGAUCGAUCUUAAAUAGCCAUCCCUACCUGUACUCUAUUUGUUGUGCAUUUUGUUACAUUAUAUAUCGACAAAUUGAGCAAUGCCGGUUACAAAUGCAAGGAGGGUUGGUCGGUUUUGCUAACGGCGAGCCGGCGGCCAGCUAAUGUUAGUAGCCCCAAAGCAAGACGUACCAUUGGCCGUGAUCUGGCAUAGUAUGAGGUCUGCACAGCAUGAGGUCUGCACAGUAUGAUGCGGUAUGAUAUGAGGUCUCUAUAGUCUGAGGUCUGUACAGUAUGAGGCAUAAUGAGGUCGGUUCAGUAUGAGGUCACUAUGGUAUGAGAUCUGCACACAGAUCUUUACAGUAUGAGGUCUCUAUAGUCGGAGGUCUGUACAGUAUGGGGCAUUAUGAAGUGUGUACAGUAUGCAGUCUAUGGUAUGAGAUCUGCAAACUGUGGUCUGCACACUAUGAGGUCUCCACAUGGGGCAUGAUGCUGCAAUUCACCUUAAGUAACACCAGGGCAAACUUGAGUCAUAGAAUCAGAUAAACAUAUUUUUACAUUGCGCCAACACACCCGACACAUCGUCAAUCAACCAUGAAUGCCAGAUUCAUAACAUAUUGAUGUCAAUUUGGAUUGUUAUCAGGUGUGCUGGUAACUCAGUCUUCCAUGGAAAACAAGAGAGAAUACCGGUUCCUUUUUCUAUUGCUCAGAAGCAAAGCCAAAAUCCUCCACUGUGUUAUCAGUGAUGUUCCCGAUAGUUAAAACUAACAGGAAACUUGAACCACACUGCAGAUACGAUCCACUUUGACCCUGGAAUGGAAUAAAAUAAUCAUUGAUGUAAUUAAAGGGUGAUUUACUUGCAGAAUCAAGUGUGCGUUACUGGGGACUGACAUUGUGACGUGUAGAUUAAUCUGGGAUAGGAGGAGUACUUAUAUUUGGCUUUGUUUCAUAUGAAGACCCACUAAAUAAAGUUUUACAUUUUAUUUGAAAAAAUGUUGGUCUGAUGACUAUUGUUCUUGCGGGAACAAGCAGUCAUUUUACUAUUGCUUCUGCUCACGUUUAUGCAAAAUAGGGGUGGACAGAUCAGUGAUUCUUUGACCCAUUUAGUUUUUUUAAACGGUUUACAUGUGACCAAACCUGAAUGGUACUGUCCUGUGGUCGGUCCUGUGCCUGUUACCUGUUAGACCUGUAAUACCCAAGGAAGGAGCUGUAUGCUGUUUCUUAUCUUUUAAAUGUCCAGAAUACCUCCUUCACAAAUCUAGACUCUUGGCUAGUUAAGUCUCGAGUCUGAAAGGGAAAAGUAUAUGCAUACACUACUACAUACACAUCAGUUUAGGUAAUGCAGACUGUUGUAUCAGUCCUCAUAAUUCACUACUGCAUGGUUAAGUCGGAAGCAGUUUAUUCCUAUUUAUAUUCCACCCCAAGGUUUGUAACUACGUCUUUGCAACAAAGGAGACUCGAUGUAUUUUUGUAGCUCAUGGGAAUUCACAAUAGUAAAAAUCAUGUUGCCUAGCAUUUAAAUGCACAAAGUUACCCGCAGUGCUUGUUUUGUUGUAAAAUCAGGAAGCGCUGACAAAAACACGGAGGCCAGGGCAGUGCUUAGUGGACUUGAAGAAGAAGUGAGAUUGUAUUUUUUGACAAUUGGUUAACAUGACAUAUUAAAGCAAAGACAUACAAUUGGAACCGCUCCACAGUCCAACAGUUUGGGCCACACCUGACUUUGAUUACUGCAUUCACCAUAGCUAAACUGAACCAUAGCACAGGUUCAACCGUACCAGGGUGAGAUGAAGAACGGGGAGCACCCCAGGCACCUCACCUGGGACCUCUAAUUGCGUGACCAUGAAUUUUCAGUGAAGUAUAACGUGGUUACCGAAAAUGAGGAGGCUGCCUUUUGAUGUCGGAAACUCGUAUACAGAUCUUUUCUGGAUAGAGCCUAAUGUUAAACACUCAUUGUAGAGGACUACAGUGCUAUAAUGAAGGGAAACUACCGGGGGGGAAAAAAGAUAAGCUAGUGCGGCCAGCGAAUAAUACUCUUGUUUGCUUGUUUGUUAACCGAGGGUUCUGUUAUUUCUGUUGAAUUUCAAAUCAGUAUUUAAUAAUUCAAAUUGUUUUUAAUCGACCUUUACAAUGCCUUCAGGCACCCUUAGUACAUCAUCCAGAAUGAAUUCUCUCCAGCCUCAUUGCUUUAUUAGUUCCCUAUUGGCACGCCAAUUGCACUGGUUGUCAAAAACAUGGCAGAUAUAUUAUUGUUGGCACACACACCUUGGGAGGAGGGGGUGAGAGAUGGGCUUAGCCAAGCCAGCUGAGACUAUACCCUUCUGAACCAUGGUGCCCCCAGCAGGGUUCAGAUGACCGCUGUAUGGCCGGUGCAAACUGAUCUCCCCCCCCCCCCUCCCCCUUGGAGAUGGAACUCUAACUAGAAGUUGACAGGCCAAAUAGCCUGACCACUGUUCUUCACACACUGUUCCUUAAAUCAACUCCCCUGUGUGAGUGACGGGACCCCCUCAGCUUGGCUACGGGCUUUCAACACAGAAAUCUGGCACUUCCAACAGUCCGUGUCAAAGGCUGCUAAACGAUACCCGAUUCCUAACGAGGACGGAUGCUGCAAAAGAGUGGGCAGACAUCUCACUUAGUCCAUCCGUCUAUGAGGGGGAAGGGGCAGACAGCUCAUCUCGCUGUCACCCUGUCUAACAGAUGCCCGUUCUCGCCCACAAGGGCGAAGUAGAGGAGGUUCCCUCUGUGGCUGAAGCACAACCCAGAUGGCCAUAGUCUGGUCACGUACCCCCGGCGUGCUGGAAGAAGGAAGGAGCCACAGAGACACUGGCAGCGAUUAGGCAGACAGAUUUAGUAGGCGACAGAAGGGGCGUACCGCCAGCAGGAGACCCAGUCUUCAUCCUUCAACCUUGAGGUAGAGGGAGCCAGCGGCGAGGGUCAACGGAAUAUAGAUAUCUCCACGUUCGUUCUUCCAUUCCCGAUGCAGGUUGUCCAUCCUUCUGUCCGUCGAGUUCUGAAAUUGACCUUUCCCUAUCCACUUGACCAUCUCCACUGGAAAAAUAACAACAUGCAAAUACUGACUUCUGCCCAACGGUCUCUCUGAAGAAAUCGAACAAAGCCCGUCCCUCCGCUGUGCAGAUACAUCUCGUUCCUUCAGCCGUUCAAACCUACUCGUCGGCCCGUUGUGUGUUCAUUUUUGGCUGGCCGGUACGUACCCCUCGUCUUCUGCGGCCCAAUGCUGCCCAAGAAGGCGGCCAUGUACCCGGGAGGAGGCAGUCUGGUGAGCCUGUCGUCCAUGUACGACCUGCUGGACGAGCAGCAGUACUUCUACACCACGCUCAUCCGCCAGCAGGAGCGCAACUACAGGGCCUUCCUGCAGAUGCUGGCCCACCGCGUGGACGGCCGCGUGGACGGCCUGGUCGAGGAGCUCCACGACCUGCGCAGCAGCCUGCAGGGGCUCCGGUCCGAGCUGCUGGAGGUGCGCAAGCAGGGCGCGCAGAGCGCUAAGCGAGCAGAGUGCCUCGCCGAGGGCCUGGUGGCGGUGCGGAAGGCGCUGGACGGGCCGAGCGCCGGGGCCCGUUUGCCCGACAGUGUGACGGGCAAGGGCGGAGGCGUGGGGCCCAAGCCCCAGGCAGGAGCAGGAGCAGGGGCCAGGGUGCUGAGGCUGGACGGGGGGACGGCCCGGAAGGGGGGGCGCGACGCAGGGGCCAAAGGGCCAGAACCAAAAGCCAUGAAGCUCAUCGCUGAUCUGACCGACAUCUGCUUUGAGAACUUCAAGGUGGAGCCCAUGGUCUUUAACAUUAGACGGAGAUGCAAAGUCAGGACUCUUGUUUGUAACGUGGAUCAGUGUCGCUAUAAUCUCCUGGUUGUGAUUUUGUUCCUUUGGUGUGCGGUACUUGUGUCCUUAGGUUGGGUUCUAGUACACCAAGUUGGUCUUUUAACCUUUAGCACAUGGCUAAUGUAUAAGGAGCAUUGUUUAUUUCUGGAGCUUAUCGCCCGUGUUAAAUAUUCCAAGGAGAAUAAUGCGUCCGUGUUUGUCUCCCCCACUCCAGGCUGACCAACUAACUGAAGAGCAGAUUGCUGAGUUCAAGGAGGCCUUCUCCCUGUUCGAUAAGGACGGCGACGGCACCAUCACCACCAAGGAGCUGGGCACCGUGAUGCGCUCUCUGGGCCAGAACCCCACGGAGGCCGAGCUGCAGGAC